AUGUUGAGGCUUGCAGCUUCCAAAGCAGCCCCGGUUAGAUCUCUUUUGAGAUUGUCACCUAAGCAUUCUAGUAUUCAGAGACCCGUCUCCUUGAUUACUCCAUUAGGUCUCUCGAGCGCUUCAUUGCAGAGAACGUCCAUUCGUUUGAACUCCCAAAGUACUGGUUCAGAAAUUCAGGAUAAGUUGCCCUCCUUUGAUGCUGAAUCCGUCCUGGAAGCCACCAACCUCACUUCGGAUUCUUUGGGUUACUUGGACUCGAUAGGUAUGGCUCAAGGCUGGGGCUUGACGUCCUGGAUGGAGACUUAUCUUGAGUAUAUUCACGUCUAUAGCGGUUUGCCAUGGUGGGGCACCAUCGUUGCAUCUGCCCUUUUACUACGUGUUUGUCUCAUCCCGUUUUAUAUCAAGGCUGCUGUUAACAACGCCAAAAUGGCCGUCAUUCAACCUCAGCUUAGUUUAUUGAUGGAGGAAAUGCGGGCAGACGACAGUAAGAGAAAUAUUGUUCUCGCUGAGAGAAGAGCACUCAUGAAGAAGCACGACGUCUCCUUGCCCAAAUCUAUGUUAGCAUUGUGCCAAGUACCUUUCGCAUACGGUAUUUUUCAAGGCCUCAGAAAGAUGGCCGCAUACCCUGUUGAAGGCUUCCAGAACCAAGGUGCCCUCUGGUUUCAGGAUCUUACCCAAGUGGAUCCAUACUGGGGCUUGCAAGGUAUUUCCGCUCUUUUUGUUAUGGCUAUGAUCAGAUUAGGUGGUGAAAUUGGAAGUUCAACACAAAACCCCUUGAUGAAAAAGUAUUUCUUUGUUUUCCCAGCCAUUACUUUCGUGGUAACGAUGAAUUUUUCUGCUGCAGUCGCUCUCUAUAUUGGAGUGGGUACCCUUUUCUCGGUUGUUCAAAGUUUGGUUUUCAAAACUACAGCUUUUAGAAAGUUUUACAACCUUCCCGAACCUCCGAAGCAGGAUCUUCUGAAAUCGCCGAAAAACUUAUCUGAGUGGUUCCACCAGAUGGCUGACAAGCAAAGAGUAUCCGCUAAAAGCAAGAUGGAGCAAGCUAACAGAAGAUUGGAAGCUCAACAUAAAAAGCGCCAUGGACGGGAUGGAUUUGUUAAAAGACAUUAG